CCGUGGCUCAGCUGCGAGCCAGGGGAUUGGCGCAGAAGACACGUGUCGCCCCCGGCGUCCCGAGCUGUCAGAGCGCCGCUCCGCGCUGCUGCACUUCGCCCCCGGAGCUGGCCGCGCUCAUGGCCUCGGCCAAGCCUUUGGGCAGGUUCUGGGAAUGGGGCCGGAACAUCAUCUGCGUGGGGAGGAAUUACGCCGAGCACGCCCAGGAGCUGAAGAACGCGCUCCCCAGCGAGCCCCUUUUUUUCCUGAAGCCUUCUUCGGCCUACGUCCGGGAAGGAGAGCCGAUCCUCAAGCCCUAUUACUGCAGCGACCUGCACCACGAGGUGGAGCUGGGAGUGGUGAUCGGGAAGAAAACCCAGGCGGUCCCCCAGGAAGUUGCGAUGGACCACGUGGCGGGUUAUGCCCUGUGCUUGGACAUGACCGCCCGGGAUACCCAAGCUGAAUGCAAGCAAAAGGGCCUCCCGUGGACUUUAGCCAAAGGCUUCAAUACAUCGUGCCCGGUCAGUGAGUUUGUGCCCAAGGAAAAGAUACCAGACCCGCACAAGCUGCAGAUCUGGCUCAAGGUCAAUGGUGAGCUGAAGCAAGAAGGGGAAACCUCUUCUAUGAUCUUCUCCAUUCCCUACAUCAUCAGCUAUAUCAGUGAAAUAAUCACACUGGAAGAAGGGGACCUGAUUUUGACAGGGAGCCCCAAAGGUGUUUCAGCUGUGCAGGAGCACGAUGAGAUACAAGCAGGAAUAAAGGGCAUCCUCAGUAUGCAGUUUAAGGUGGCCCAACAAUCACGCCGCCGGUCUUGUUAAGAAAAUCAGUCGUUUUCCAACUUCUUUUUGGAGGGAAUGUUAAUUUCGCUCUACAGGUGCCUUUUAAAAUAGCUGGAGAAUGAAGAACUACCCAGAUGGCUGUGCAAGUCUGUGCCCCAAUGGCCUAAAAGAAUGUAUUGUCAGCUCGCUUGGACACAAUCGAGAAUUAAUUAUACUGAGGUAGAAAACUGGUUUUGUAAGCUUUCUUUAUAAAGGCCCGGAUAAGGACUACCACUGCUCUGAAGGGCCAGCUUUUCACAUAAUUGAAUGGCAUUCAGCUCCAGCUAAAAAUAUGUAUAUAUGAGAGAGCCACUCAAGCUGUCUGGUUAAUAAAAGGCAGCAGCUUUAAGAAAGUACUGGUAUGAGAGAAAGGAAAUGGUAAUGAAAUGCUUCUAAUAAAAUUGGUUUACAUUAAAUGUUCUGUCAUAUCUUUGCCCUAAGCUUAAAACAAAUUUAUUGCAUGAGGCACAGGAUUUAAAAUAAACAUUGAUUUUUUUUCCCCUAAGGCCUUUGGAAAUGUGUCCAUAAAAUUAAAAGUGUUUAAGAAAAUCA